AUGGAAUAUUUUGAUUUCGAUGAAGCCGCCCGACAGAAUGGAGAGGCAUUCCGCUACACCGGACUCGGAGAACUAGACCGCCGCACACCUAUACCAAACGAUUGUCACAGCACAGCAUCCCCGAUUACUCACCUCUUCAACCAGGCCGGCGAUAUUCAGCAACCCUCGAGUCUCGAUGGAGUCUACCCUAUGCACCGCGUAAAGGACCCUUGCUACUUCUGUCGUUGUAUGGGAUUGGAUUGUGUCGUUGCCCAAAGAGGGGUGAUGCAAAACGCCUGCACUUGUUGCAUUGCCUUGUACCGCGAGUGCAGUUUUACCCGCGCUCUAUCUCAAGGAAAUCACAUCGAUACUCUCCGAUCCGUGUCUGAAGACGGUGCUGCUCUCAAAAGAAACCGGUUGGGGAAACAUUUGCAAAAUCCUAAUCCUGUCGGCGAAAUCAACAACCAUUCGGAGGAUAUUGCGCAACAACCCCGCAAACCUGGGGUAAGAUUCUCCCUUAAAGCCAUUAAGGUCCUAAAAUCCUGGCUUUCAGAGCACGCGUCACAUCCAUACCCAACUGACGCAGAAAAAGACGAACUGAAAUCGAAGACUGGGUUAAACAGAAGCCAGAUUUCCAGCUGGCUGGCAAAUGCCCGCCGGAGAGGAAAAGUUCGACUUCCACCUCGAACCACCUCGCCAUACCCUGGCGCCAUAAGUAUUCCUGGAAAACGACUGCCUCCUGGUGUUGAUAUCUCCGAGCUCAACCCCCUUGAGAGAUGGAAGCACUCCCCACCGGAAAACGAAGCUGCCUCCGCAAGAGACAUUAUCCAGGCCAUGGCUACCAGCUCGUUUGCUCCCCACGGGGAAUCCGAACUACGCGAUCCAAAGCCACUUUCACGAAAUACGGAAUCCAGUAACGAUGAUUCCUUCUCUAAUAAACUAACUGCCCACUCAGUCAGCAGCUACAGCGUGGAUACCAACAAGUCUAGUAUCUCCGAUAUGUCAUUCGCCUCAGCCUUCUCGCACCGUUCACGCGGCUCAUGGAACUCGGCUGAUACUCGGGAACGUCGACGCCGUCGUCAUAAAUCUGCAGCCGCACCAAACCCCUUUCAAAAGUCUAGGGUUGCGCGCAUCUUCCAAUGUACGUUUUGCACAGAUUCAUUUCCGACCAAGUAUGACUGGCAACGCCAUGAAAAGUCUCUGCAUCUUGCUUUAGAUAAGUGGACAUGUGCACCCCAUGGUGGAGUAAUCACUUCUGCGAAUGGACAGGCUGUUUGUGCCUUCUGUCAGCACCCUGACCCAGAUGAAGAUCACCUCGAAUCACAUAACUUUAGCACCUGUCAGGAAAAAUCUAUCCAGGAGCGGACAUUCUACCGUAAGGAUCACCUUAACCAACAUUUGCGUUUGAUGCACGGCGUAAAGCUUGCCCCAUGGAUGGAUGCUUGGAAGAGCACUACGACUAAGAUCACAUCACGAUGCGGAUUCUGUUCUGCAACAUUUAACACAUGGAAAGAACGUGUUGAUCAUCUUGCUGCACAUUUCAAGGCUGGGACUGAAAUUUCUCAAUGGCGAGGUGACUGGGGUUUUGAGCCACACAUUGAGAACUGUGUCGAAAAUUCAAUGCCUCCUUACCUUAUCGGGCAGGAGAGGAACACGUUAGAUCCAUGGGUUGCGUCCAAGGCCUUUAACCUGGCGAAAUAUGGACGUAACUUUAACAAGGAACAUAAAGUUGCCCCAAGUGAGGUAUCAGGGGCAUCGUCACUUGGAAUAACGUUCCGCACUGAUGCCAGUUGCUUCAGACGGCUAGAGAAAGAACUUUCGGCGUAUAUUGCUCGGCUUUUCGACCAGGGUAUCGUUCCCACUGACAAGUUGCUACAAUCUAAGGCUAGACUGAUCGUUUACGGGAGUGAUGAUACCUGGAACCAGACUUGCGCUGAUAACCCUACUUGGCUAAAAGUUCUGAAGCGAAAUAAUGGCCUUUACGAUGACCCUGAUGCACAGAACGUUCAACUCGAGGAUCUAGGUAUGCAGCCACCAUUUGCUGCAGACGGCGGUUUACGGCAAGCACCAGCUCAUUCAACUAGAGCUCCUGACGCAUUGUCCGGUACCAUGUCUCCACCAUCAGGCCUCGAAUCAACCACUACCAGUAACCCUGGCAGCGUUGCGGGCAGCAUCAGAAAUAGUUCUGACCUUUUAAGGGGCGGAAGUAGCGUCAGCUCGCACAACUUCACACCUUCUCCCAGUGCUCCCAGCCCGAAUAAUCUCCACCUCUCAAGUUCUACACCUAUCAACAGGAUUACUACCAACAACGCAGAGGUCGACCCAUUUCUAGAGAUGGGUUUCGACGCCGAAUUCCUCCAACAACUAAGCGAUGGCUACGGUGACCUUGGUCGUGUGAUUGAUGGUCUCGAACUGGAUGGCCUAGAAUACACCGAAAACGCUGGGGUUGGUUACGGCGACAUCCCUAACGGGACAUUCAACGUUAAGAAUAAUAAUAAUAAUUUCGACAACGUCUCAACUUCUGACUCGACACCUGUCACUCCUCUUUCUGGAAUGGCCAUCACCUCACCGGAGGCAAUCUUCGGAGUUGUGUCAUCGGGCGGCUCGGUUGAGUCUGUAUAUAUCCCGGGUACAUUUGAUACUUUACCUUAUGAUUUUCAACAGGGUUCGGAGCGUUACGGUGGGGAGCUGAACUGA